AUGGCAGCCUCUUAUGUGUUCAUUAUUGUUGGAAAUUUCACGAUCUUCUCUGCUGUCCAGCUGGACACCCGUCUCCACAAUCCCAUGUACAACUUCAUCAGCAUCUUCUCCUUCCUGGAGAUCUGGUACACCACAGCGGCCAUCCCCAAGACGCUCUCCAACCUCAUCAGUGAGAAGAAGACCAUCUCCAUUACUGGCUGCCUCCUGCAGAUGUAUUUUUUCCACUCGCUUGGGGUCACAGAAGCCCUAGUCCUCACGGUGAUGGCCAUCGACAGGUACAUUGCCCUCUGCAACCCCCUCCGCUAUGCAAUCAUUAUGACCCCUCGGCCGUGCGUCCAGCUAUCCUCUGGCUCUUGCGUCUUUGGCCUCCUUAUUCUGCUGCCAGAGAUUGUGUGGAUUUCUACUCUUCCCUUCUGUGGCCCCAACCAAAUCCAUCGACUCUUCUGUGACUUUGAACCCGUGCUGCGGUUGGCCUGGACAGACACGUCCAUGAUUCUGGUUGAAGACUUGAUCCAUGCUAUUUCCAUCCUGACUUCUGUGUCUAUCAUCAGCCUUUCAUAUUUAAGAAUCAUCACCGUGAUCCUGAAGAUUCCCUCCGGGGAGAGCCGUCAGAAGGCGUUCUCCACCUGUGCAGCCCACAUUGCUAUUUUCUUGCUGUUUUUUGGCAGUGUGGCCCUCAUGUACCUGCGUUUCUCUGUCACAUUCCCACCUCUCCUGGACAAGGCCACCGCCCUGAUGUUUGCUGUCCUCGCCCCACUGUUCAACCCGAUAAUCUACAGUCUGAGGAACAAAGAUAUGAAAGAUGCCAUCAGGAGAGUUCUCUGUUUUCAAUAA